CCAUACUUCCUCUCCACUUCUCUCUUUUUUCCUCUCCAACAACUAACUAAUUUUUAUUUAUUUCUCACCUCCGCCCCUCGCUUCUUCCAUGGAGGAUUCUGGUGCCGGUUCUAGUGACGACGCCAAGAGUGGUACUUGCCCACGUGGACACUGGAGGCCCGCCGAGGAUGAAAAGCUCCGGCAACUUGUCGACCAGUACGGCGCACAAAACUGGAACUCGAUUGCAGAGAAGCUUCAAGGAAGAUCCGGGAAGAGUUGCAGAUUGAGGUGGUUUAAUCAACUUGACCCUAGAAUAAACAGACGGCCGUUUACGGAAGAGGAGGAAGAAAGGCUUCUUGCAGCUCAUCGGAUUCACGGAAACAAGUGGGCUCUAAUAGCGAGGCUGUUCCCCGGUCGAACCGACAACGCCGUGAAGAACCACUGGCAUGUGAUAAUGGCAAGAAAGCAAAGAGAACAAUCGAAGCUAUGCGGGAAGAGGACUUAUCAAGAUGUUUACAAUAAUAUUGACUCUAAAAACUCUAGCAAUUUUCAUGAAAGGAAAACAGCAUCGUCUCAAGGAGAAUUUAGCAGAUUCUUUGAAUUCCGAAACCCCAGUAAAGAAAGGAUAUUAUUCGCGGAUAAUUCAUCAUCAUCACCUUCCACUACUACUUGUUCGCUUUCUUGGAACUUUGCUUCAAUGGCGGCGGCAACAGUAGCAAGCAACUCAUCUAGUUCCAAUAACCAAUAUGUUCGUAGAUAUCAUCCGAAUAAUGCUUCUUCUGUGUAUCAUGGCAGCUAUCGGCCGCGCGUUUCAGCUACAUUUGGACUUCAAAACUACACAAAGGUUGUUCCAAGUCCCUUUGGUUACCUUAAUCUUGGUAAUGAUUAUGAACAGAAUGGAAGGAUCCGGCGGAGAGAUCAGUUAGUGAGUUUUUGCGAUAACUCGCCCGCAUUAGCUAAGUUGACCAUGUUGCCUGCAGAGCAAGAGCAAGGAGAUGAAUCUAUUGAGCAACACAAGGACAAUAUUCCCUUCAUUGAUUUUCUUGGUGUGGGAAUCUCUUCUUGAUUAUCACAAGAAAAACCUUUUUAUUUAACUUUUUAAAGUAUAUUAAUUAUGGUUGCAGUUUCAUGACCUUUUUAAUUCAU